AUGAUUGAUUACGGGACGAAAGUCGUCGGUGGUGUGUCACCAAACAAGGCUGGAACAGAGCAUUUGGGCUUGCCAGUAUUUAAAACAGUGGCAGAGGCAAAAGAGGCGACUGGAUGCGAUGCUACGGUCAUCUAUGUUCCAUAUAAGGCAGCUGGAAAGGCUAUUGAAGAAGCUAUGGAAGCCGAGGUCGGUCUCAUUGUUUGCAUUAGUGAAGGAGUUCCUCAGCAUGAUAUGGUGUACGCGAAAAGUCGACUUUUGAAGCAGAAUAAGUCUCGGCUGGUAGGUCCUAAUUGUCCGGGAAUCAUCAAAUCGGACGAGUGUAAAAUCGGUAUCAUGCCUGGUGGAAUCCACAAGAAGGGUUGCAUAGGUUAG